AUGGCUGCCAUCGUGAAACGUGAAUUCACCGAGCUUUCCCUGGAUGGAAGCAAUUAUUUGACAUGGGCCCUUGACGUUGAGAUUUAUCUCACAUCAACAGAACUACAAGACACAAUCAUUGAAAAUUCCCCGAGCGAUGACGCUCAGAAAGCUAAGGCCCUAAUUUUCCUCCGCCACCACCUCAACCAUGAUCUCAAGAAUGAGUACCUCACUGAAAAAGACCCACAUGCCCUUUGGAAAUCCCUUAAAGAUCGUUUUGACCAGCAGACAUCACUGAUCUUGCCACAAGCACAAUUCGAUUGGUUAAACCUCCGAUUCCAGGAUUUUAAAUCAGUAACUGAAUAUAACUCAGCAUUACACAAGGUCGUAUCUCAGCUCAAGCUCUGUGAGCAGGAACUCUCAGAUACAGACUUGAUAGAAAAAACCUUGUCCACAUUUCAUGCUAAUGAUCUUGUACUCCAGCAGCAGUACAGGGCCAAAAACUAUUCUAAGCAUUCAGAGCUGAUUUCUGCGUUACUGGUCGCUGAAAAGCACAACCAAUUGUUGAUGCGUAACCACAAUGCACGCCCAACCGGCGCUGCACCUGCACCUGAAGUGCACCAUGUUGCCCAAUCAAGCAACAAUCGGAGGGGACGGGGUCGAGGGCGAGGAAGAGGCCGCGGUAGGGGCCCGAAGCGAGGUGGCAGGAGCGGAGCUAAUAACGGUGAUUCUCGGACCCAGAAUAAGCAACCCGAAGAUCAAACUCGUCAAGGACAACAAAAUACAUGCUAUAAAUGUGGAUGCAAAGGACACUGGUCCCGCACGUGUCGCACUUCAAAACAUUUGGUCGAAGCCUACCAGAUGAUGAUACAACAAAAUAAUGACCGGAAGACAAAUGAAUCCUCUCAAGCUGCAUUGCCUGAAGCAAACGCCUUACUCAAUUUGAGUGAUGACUUAUUAGGCGAGGAACUUAAGGAUUAUGGAAACCAAGAAUGA